GACCAUGGACGGACUGGAGGGCAUUAGGCUACAAGUGGCUCACGAUAAAAGAUAACCAGCAAGAAACAACGUUUAUUGCGGACUAGGGGUCCCAACUGACACGAAGUCAAAAGUUUUUACGAAGACGACGAAAUUGAAGUGAGAAAACGGCGAAAUUCUAAGUUGCUGUCGUCGUUUGAAGUUUGGUCGUCGCGGGAAAAAAAAACAGCCAUGGAAGUAACGAAACAGACGGAAAAAUGUAAUUUAACGGAAUACAAAAACUACGCAACUAAAGCUUUGGAUAUAACUUUUGACGACAUCUCUUAUACUGUGGGAAAAGGGAAAAAUGCUAUACGGAUUUUACACAAAGUAAGCGGAGCCUUCAAUUCCGGACAAUUAACGGCAAUUCUAGGGCCGUCUGGAGCGGGGAAAACUUCUUUAAUGAAUAUACUGGCCGGUUUAAGGAACAACGGGAUAGAAGGUUGCGUCGAGGUUAACGGCGAAAAACAAGAUGUUAGAACAUUCCGCAAACAAUCUGCGUACAUCACACAAAAGGACCAUCUAUUACAAGACCUAACUCUCGAAGAAUACAUGAUGGCUGCUGUUCAUCUAAAGUUGGGUAAUAAAGUCCCAAACAAGGAAAAGUUAUUCAAGGUCGAAACGAUUUUGAAGACAUUGGGACUAGUGGGUAGUCAACGAACAAAAAUUUCGCGGUUAUCUGGUGGUGAAUGCAAAAGGCUUUCGAUUGGAGCGGAAUUAUUGGACGAUCCUGCCGUCUUAUUUCUAGAUGAACCGACAAGCGGAUUGGAUAGCUCUUCCAGUCUGAAGUGUGUCGGUUUACUACGUGAAAUUGCUAGAAGUGGUCGAACUGUUGUAGCAACAAUUCAUCAGCCAAGCUCGCGAUUAUUGGACCACUUUGAUAAUCUUUACAUCGUGGCAAAAGGAUCGUGUAUCUACCAAGGACCCACCGGAUCUUUAGUUUCUUAUCUAAAGACCGUAAAUUUGAACUGUCCUAGCUAUCACAACCCUGCUGACUUUGUGAUGGAUGUGGCCACUGGGGAAUAUGGUGACGUGUUAUUCCAGUUGACAUCCGGAAUUGAAAAUGGCCGUCUCAUCUACAACGAAUUUUCAGAAGCUAUUCCCGUUACGCCAUCACAUGACGAGACCCGGAGAACUUCAAGUAUAAAAAAACGACCUGAAAGUCUGAACAAAGUCGAUCAAGAAAACAAUGGUUCAAGGAAAGAUCGACUGACGUACGGCGCACCAUUCCAUACUCAAGUGUCUGUUCUACUUGAAAGAACUUUCCGUACUAUUUGGAGAGAGAAGAUGCUGACUAAAGUACGCUUCGCUACUCACAUUGCAUUCGGUCUCUUCUUUGGACUGGUGUAUCAGUUUAUCGGGAACAACGCUAACCUAACCAUAAACAACGCUGGAAUGCUGUUUUUCAACCUCGUUUUUAUUGUGUUCACCGCCGCCAUGCCAACUUUAGUAACUUUUCCGUUGGAGAGAAAAGUGUUGUUUCGAGAACAUUUGAAUCAUUGGUACAGCCUCAAAGCGUACUACCUUGCCAAAUUGCUAGCUGACAUCCCGUUCCAGAUUAUCUUUCCUACUGUGUAUUUGGUGAUCGUCUAUUUCAUGACUGGCCAACCGUUGAGCUUACAACGUUUCGGUAUGCUCCUGUGUGUCACAAUCUGUAUGUCACUGACUGGACAAGGAGUGGGACUUUUCUUUGGCACCUCUUUAAGCAUUCAAUCGGCAGUUUUUCUGGGACCAACCUGCGCUAUUCCGCUUUUUCUUUUCGCUGGUUACUUCAUCAACUUAAAUUCUGUCCCAUCCUAUCUGAGCUGGAUCUCAUACAUCAGUUUCUUCCGCUACGGUUUCGAAGGAUCCAUGAUAGCCAUCUACGAUUACGACCGCCCACCACUCGAAUGCGUCCAACCUUACUGUUACUUUCGUUCGCCCCAAAAGUUUCUGGAAAAUUUCGCCAUGGAACAGAGUUCGUACCUUUUUUGUAUAGUUGGCAUGCUUGCGUAUUUUAUAAUACUACGAAUCCUUGGUUAUUUUCUUUUACGUUACAAGCUGAAGAUGAUCCGUUAAAGCUCUUAGCACUGUAUAUUACCAAUGUUUAAGUGUUUUAAAAAAUGGUUUUCUGAAG